CAAAAUCAGUCAAACAUGAAGCUUCUCCUCUUGCUAUUUCUCCUAGGCUUUACCUUCGCUAUUUUCAUCAAUGGCGGCCGGAGUCGUGGAGGUUAUAAGUCAUACUCCUCGUUUUCCUCAUCAUCGUCCUCCGAGGAAGAUUACCAUCACGGAAGACCACCACAUUCCCCACGCCCACCUCGUCCACAACCAGUGCAGCCUCGCCCAGAAUGUGAAAGUGGCUGGACAUCAUACAAUAGGCCGCAGGGGACAUCGUGCAUCAAGGUCUUCUACGCCUCAACAUCUCAAAGUACAGCUGAAUCGCUCUGCAGAUCGAUAGGCGCUGCAUUGACCGGAUAUCAAAAUUCGAACGAGAGAAUGCAGGUUUCAUAUGCCUUCCGCGAUAUCAUAAACCAAAACGGAGGAGGAACAGCCGAGGUAUGGGUUGGCGGAAGAAGAAAAGCUCAGUGCCCGAAUCGUAACGCCUGUGCCCCACUGGACACUUUUGAAUGGAUCGAUGGACACACAACUGGAACGGAUGGGUUCCAUUGGGCAAAUACUGAGCCGAAUGCGAAUAAUGGGCCGUAUUGUUUGCAAAUGAUAAUUCAUCCGACUUCCGACACGGCUGGCGCGAAAUAUGGCUAUCAUCACGGAGAGAUGGAUGGUGUUAAUUGUGGGGAUGGGAUUGGAAGGGCGUAUGCUUGUGGAAAAGUCCCACAGUAAAUUGAGAUGAAUAAAGAUUUAU